GGGAAGUGACUACAGCACAAGAAGCAAUUAAUAAUGCCUUGAAUACUCUCCCCGAAACUACCGCAACCAAAAUCACCACUAAAUUAAUCGCUUUAAUUGACUUACGAGAUAAUCACGGAGCAGGUGGUACUCCUGCCGAACAAGCGGCAUGA